AUGAGUAACACCGAGUUAGUGACUGUUACCGUCACCACUCCUUCGGGCUUGGAUGUGGAGGGCGGCGAAAGAACAAGAGCACAAGCAUCAGCAUCAGCACGACUGCAGGAUGUAGAGGGCGAGCCAUCGAACGGACAUGAGCUCGCGCCCAUAGAUGGAGGAUCUGCUGCUUGGAGGCUGCUCUGCGCGGCCUUUGUGUUUGAGGCACUGCUCUGGGGCUUCCCGCUCUCCUUUGGUGUCUUUCAACAAUACUACUCCCAGACGCCCGAGUUUGCCAACAAUCGCUACAUUCCCGUGGUGGGCACAAUCGCCUCUGGAUUGGGUUAUCUCGGAGCACCAGUCGUCAUGCCUUUUAUCCAGCGCCAUCAGCGGUGGCAGCGGCAGAUGAUUUGGGUGGGAUGGCCCAUUUGCAUUGCCGGACUCGUGUUGGGGUCUUUUGCGUCCAGUUUGGAAGUGCUUAUCCUGACGCAAGGCGUGGCCUACGGUCUUGGGUUCCUCAUCUUCUACUAUCCCAUCCUCAGCAUGGUCAAUGAAUACUGGGUCGCGCGGCGGGGCAUGGCGUACGGUGUUCUCUGCGGUGCCUCUGGAGUCUCAGGGUCGGUCAUGCCAUUCGUGCUGCACGCACUGUUGGCCAAGUACGGAUACAGAACGACGCUUCGCGCCGUGGCCGUCGCCCUCACCUUGCUCACGGGCCCCUUGAUUCCGCUGUUAAAGGGCCGUUUGCCGGCCUCGCACUCGGAGCGAGCCAGGAUGCCCAACAUCAACUGGACGUUUUUCCGCAGCCCGCUGUUCUGGCUGUACUCGGUUUCCAACCUGUUGCAAGGAUUCGGCUACUUUUUCCCUUCCUUGUACCUCCCCUCGUAUGCGUCGUCGCUCAGGCUCGGCGGCAAGAGCGGCGCCCUUCUCCUCGCAUUGAUGAGCGUCUGUCAAGUCGGCGGCCAGUUUGUCUUUGGUCUGCUAUCUGACCACAAAGUCCCCCUGGACCUUUUGGCCUGCUUAUCAACCCUGGUGGCAGCAGUUGCUUGUCUCGCCGUGUGGAGACUGGCUCAUUCGCUCCCAGUCUUGAUUAUCUUUGCCGUUGCCUACGGCUUCUUCGGCGCAGGCUUCACUGCCAUCUGGGCCAGGAUGAGCACCGCCAUAACAGACGACGUGACGGCAGGACCGAUCAUCUUCAGCUUACUGAACUUCGGUAAAGGCAUCGGAAACGUGGCGGCCGGACCGGUGGGAGGCUUUCUGGUCUCCAGUUCAAAGUCGACCGGAACUCAGUCUCAGUCUCCAUCAUCGUUGUCCUAUCGUUGGGUCAUCGUCUUCACCGGAGUGUGCAUGUUCGCAAGUGCUUGUACCAUCUGCUUGCGAUAUUCAAAGUAUCUUGUCUUGGUUGUUCGUGUUCGAUGA